UUAACCGUAAUUCACUACUGUCAGGCAGAAGGCUGAGGCCGUUUGCGAGGUUUGUGAUCCAUGUCGCCAAAUUUUGGUUAAUGGAUUGCAUUGUCUAAAGUCGGUCGAGAUCUCAUUACGUUCUCAAGUAGUCUUACAAAAAACUAUAGUUAUCGUACCGUGUUCAUAGUACACAUUUCAAGACAAUUUCAAACGAGAAUUGUAAGAGUUACUAUUUGAUUCAAAAAUGGCUGGAAGGGGUCGUGGUAAAUCUACCGGCACACUAACCCAGGAACAGCUGCAAUCGAUGGGAGUGACAAGAAAUGAAAUGCAAACCGUGUCCUCGGCGGCUCCGCCACCACUUUAUCCAAUACUACAAUCAAAACCAGUUCCUUUGGAGUCAAACCCCGAUCGGGACUACAAAAUCCUGUGGAAGGAAGAUUUCAUUUCGUACCUAAGGGAAUCUCCAUAUUAUACAACUGUGAAAUGUUCCAAAAGUCCUGUCGAGAGAUACUCGGACAAAGUUGUUAAUGUAAUUGAAAAUGACCCUAAACGAAAACAGGAUGGAGGUUUCAUCUGGAGCAUGAUGCCUGCCGAACUGAAGCCAACAUUCAAACGAAGUAAACCUGUUGGUAAUGCAGGUGACGAAACAAAGUCUGCUAAGCGUUCUAAGGUUGUGGACAUUAACGCUAAACUAAGUGCGUUAGAGAAGAAAGAAUCUUUUCUUGACGCAGAGGUCAAGAAGGAAAAGCAUAGUGAUUCCGAGGAUGAUAAGGAUGAUGACGAGCAGGAAGAGGAUGUAGUAGAUGAAGAGAUGGACGACGAAAACGACUACGGAAAUAAUUAUUUUGACAAUGGGGAGGCAUAUAACGAGGAGGACGACAAUCUAGACGAUGGGCCCGUCUAUUAAACGUUCGACUAACAGUAAAUGUCUAUAAUCCUAUUUAUUUAACAGUUGAACAGUUUUAUACAAUUUAAUUGAUUCCAGUAUAAAGCAAAAUAAUUGUUAAUUGUGUGUUGCGUUCCAGCAUGUGGGAUGCAUCUUAUAGUUAUUUGUUCGAUUACUUACAGUUGUCGGUUUACGCUAGAUUCUAAGGUGUGUAAAUAUAACGUUAAAAAUAUAAUAAGGUGCAACAUUAAGUAGA